GUCAAAAUAUUAUUCUGACAAUUUUAUUCAGACUUCUUGUUUCUUAAAGAACUUUUCAAUUCAUAUCAAAAAUAUUAUUUUAAAGCAAUUAAUGAAAUUUUACAAUUUUAUCUAUGACAAUAAUUUCGAUUUUUUCAAUUGAUUGAGAUAUGAUUUUUGUUGUCUCGUGAAAAUAAAAUAUAAAUCCUACAUCAAAAUGUUCCUUUCAGCAUUCAAAUUACCAAAGAAGAUGAGUUGUGACAAAUUAAUUGAAGAAAAAAAAUCAAGAAUACAAAAUCGGUCUUUGAUAGCUAGGAACAACGAGAAUGAAAUGAAAAAGUGGCUGAAUGUGUUAAAACUUUAUUUGUUUGUAAUAAGUCUGCUGCUUCUGAACACGCAAAUUAACGGGAGUUGGUCUUCGUUUUUUGAGUAUAUUUGGCCAAAGCGAACAGGGCGACUGUUCGGCGGCGAUGUGCAAUCCUUACCGCAUGUGCCAUUUGAAGUGGGAGAACGUGAUGAGAAAUUCAUCUCUGAGUCCGCCAAGGUUAUCGGAAGAAAGUUGAGCGAACUUGACUUCUGCCAGCAAAAAAUAAUUCUGCUCCUCCGCAAUUCAUGCAGCUCUCUUGAUGAUGAGCAGGUGGGAAAGUUGGCAGUUCUUCUCAUGAACUGCCAACUCCAAUCAGAGGGGCGAAGAGGGUACGAGUGCACGGAGGGCAUGGCGCUGGAACAGUGCACGUCCUCUAUCCCGGAGGAUGUCCAACAGCUCUACCAUGACUUCCAGAACCGAGCAAAAACGAUUUGCCUAGUCAUCCGUCAGGACCAGUUCCGUGGCUUAGCUGAGAUAACCGUCAACAAUUUGAUUGCGUCGACUCAUGAAAACAUUGAUUUGAUGACUGACCUCAAGAAGAGCCAACAUGAAAUGCAGCGGGUGAGCUUAAACGCGAUCGAAGAAAUCGCCGACAACGGUUUAAAGUUGCUUGAGCAACAGCAAGAUCUCCUUAAAAUCGCAGAAAGCCAUCGUAUAAAUUCUGACCACAAUUUGCAAUUGGUGCUGCGAGAGCGAAAUGUUUUAAAAGCUGGGCAUAUGGAGAUUUCUUCAGUGAUAAUGGAUUUGAAGUCACAAAUGCAGACGAGUUUGGCGAAUUUUCGGGAUCAGAGUGGACGUGCAAAUGAAGUGUACAAUGCGCUGUUGGGUGAUAUUACAGAACUGCAUGGGACAACUGAGAAAAUUGCACAACGUUUGGACGAAGCCAGCCGUUUGAUUCUCGAGCAGCAUAAGCUCGCAAAAAAUGAAUUCCAGGAGACUGUUACGCAGCUGCGAGAAGUGAAUGAUAUCGUUGACAAACUAUCGGGAGUUGUAAAGGAAUUCCAAGAUAGUUACAAGGAAAAGAUGCAAUGGUUGCGAUCGCAAAUAGGCGGAUCAGAAGAAACCUUGAUCAAACAACUUGGUACAAUCUCAAUCCACGUUGUUUACCUAAUGGUAGGCAUGCUGUGUCUGAUAUUUGUAAAUGCCGAAAUGCUGAGUCGCGUCCUUUUUCUGUUGAUUGUGUUUCUUAAUAUGGUCGCCGUUUCCUAUCAGCUCAUCCAGCUGGACAUAUCAAUACUGACACAAACGAUUGCAGUUGUUCUUGGGACAAAGUACGCUUAUUCUCUUCUACAAAAAUUUGAUUGGAAAAAAUGCUUCGAAAUCAAUCGAAAAACAGUGGUUGGAAAAAAUCCGCUGAACCAGGAGUUUUCAAAGAAUAACAGCAUCAGUAGGGGCAGCUUCGGGGAUGUUCGCACAACUCGAAGUGAAAUUUCAACAACUGCGCGCACUGCAAUUCACUUCGACAGGAACAACAAUAACAACAAUGUUGACGAGGAUGAAAACGAGGGUGCGGCAAUUGGAAGGCGAACUACUUUGCCGCCAAUGCCUUAUACGCAGAUCAGCAAUGGCGACGAACAAUUUUCAGAUCGAAGCAGAAGCUCCACACCCUUCUCAGGUCGGUCAUCAUAUUCCGUUGGUGGCGUUAAUCGGUGCAAAGCACUAACCGCUCGAGGAACUCAGUGUCAGCUGACAGCAGUGAAAACUUAUUGUAGAAUUCAUGAAAGACCUUCGUAUGAGCGAUAAGACAUUGUUGAGCAUUUAAGUUACUUCCUUAGACAGUAAUUGUGUGAUAAGUCGGUGUUCCAUGAAAUUCAAACUAUUUUGCAACAAUUGUUUUACAGAUAUUUAUUUUACGCGGUGGGCUUUGUUAUGUAGAAAUCUGUGAAAAUGUUUAUUUUUAUUAGGGUAAUUUUUAUUUA